AUGGAUGCCGCUAUUCCGCGUUUAUAUAUUUUAUUAACGGGUAGAGAAACGAACACGAUUUUCAAUCCUGAAACUUGGGGAAAUAAUACUUUUAUUCUACAUGUUUUGUGCGAAGGACUUGAUCCUGGAAGCUCGUAUACCACACUCAGUGGCUAUACAAUACAUGAUCCUAAACCUAUGUUGACAAAGGCUGGCCCUUACCUUUCGAUCGUAGCAACUUUAAUUAGUGCAGGGCGACGACAAGUCCUGAACAAAUACACGAAAUUGAAAGAUCUCGUAGCUAUGAUGAAUGUUGUUCGUGGCCCUGUGCUUCGUGAAGUUCAGGCUUUUCUUGAAAAAAAUGAUCCUGCGCGGCAAUAUGGAGGAUUGCAACGUGUGGUUUUAAAUGAUGAUGGGCGUGUCUAG